AUGCCGCGCGCUGGUUACUGUGGCUUUGGUCCUUCGUUCUGUGGCUCUGGGUGUGUGAGCAACUGUGAUGCCACUUCAGAGUGUGGUCCAUUUGCCAAUCCGCCAGGCAAGACCUGUCCGCUAAACACAUGCUGCUCGCAAUACGGUUUCUGCGGUACUACAGAGGAGUUCUGCGGUGCUGGUUGCCAGUCUAAUUGUGUCUUACACCCCCAGCCUCCGCCGGGCUCACCAAAUAAUCAGACUCUAUCAAAAGUGAUCGGCUACUAUGAGGCCUGGAGUGCCCGGUCCAAAUGCCACCAAACAUCGCCCAAGGAUCUCCCAGUGAAUGGCUUGACGCAUCUCAACUACGCAUUUGCAUACAUCGAUCCGUCUACAUGGACCCUCACGACAAUGGAUGGAGCCACGCCGCUCAGCCUGUUUGAUGAUCUGGCUGCUCUCAAGGCUACUAACCCAAAUCUCAAUAUCUUUAUAAGUGUGGGUGGGUGGAGCUUUUCCGACAAUGAUACAGCCACGCAGCCUAUCUUUGGCAAUUUGGCGAGAGAGGAGACAAACCGAAGGACAUUUGCUAAAAAUGCAUUGGCUUUUCUGAACCAGUAUGGGUUCGACGGUAUCGACAUUGAUUGGGAAUACCCCGGCGCCCCAGAUCGCGGAGGCAGCAAAGACGACACACAGAAUUAUGUUCAUCUGUUAGAAGCGCUGCGAACCACCUUCACCAACUCAGGUCGUAAGCUGGGCGUCACCUUUACUGCACCCUCAUCGUACUGGUACCUACGGUGGUUUGAUCUACCUGGCAUGUUGAAAUAUGCCGACUGGAUGAACUGGAUGACCUAUGACCUGCAUGGAGUCUGGGAUAGUUCUAAUCCGAUGCAUGUACCCUGUAACCCUAGCGGCUCCAUCGUGCAAGGCCACACCAACCUGACAGAGAUAAAAACAGCCGCCGAGCUUCUCUGGAGAGUCCGGGUGAAUCCCGCGCAGGUGUCGCUCGGGUUUGCCUUUUAUGGGCGUGCCUUUUCCCUGCAGGACCCCGGCUGUACCAGCCCAGGCUGUCCGUUCAGUGGAGGAGCGGACCCUGGUGUCUGUACUGGAACCAGUGGAUAUCUAUCAUAUUAUGAGAUAGAGCAGAUCCUGUCGAGUAACCCUGACAUCAAUAUCGUUCAUGACAAUGAGGCUGCAGUCAAGUAUUUUGCAUGGAGCGCAGGCCACAUCAAGGCAAACACAAAGAAUCGCAAGAUGGCGCCCUCGCAGUGGAUCUCAUACGACGACAAGGACACUUUUGGCCAGAAGAAGGAGUGGACAGACGAAAUCGGUAUUGGAGGCUCAUUAAUCUGGGCGUCUGAUCUUGAUGACUAUGAUUGGAAAGCCCAAUCAGGCCUCACCGGGAUCAAAGUGAUGGAAAUGGGGCCCGGCCCUGUCCAGACCAAGGAGGUCUUGGAUGGCUCCCUGGCGAAGAAAUGCUACCUAGGGGCCGAAUCGGUUUAUCGAAUGCCAGACGGCAGCAGUAAUCCGGGCAUAUUGGCAACGACUUGUCGACCAGAUACAGCUGUGGGAUACGAUUCGCACGGAUGUGCAAAUGGUGAUGACUCCUCCUGUGUUCAGCCCAUCUGCUGCCCCCCCCAAGCUGGCCUGAAGAACUGCCAGUGGCGCGGAGACUCAUCUGAUGGGAUCUGCAAUGGGGAAUGUAAUGUCGGGGAGGUCAAAGUGGCCAGCUCCAGCUGGGGAGAACUCGAUAUGCAGAAGUGCAAGCGUGGUGAAAAGGUGUUAUGCUGCGAGGCCGGAUAUAUGGUUUCCCUGAUUGAUGGCUGCCGUUGGACGUCUAACGGCGAUCAGUGUUCCUCAACAGAAGACUCGGUGGCAAUCGCCCUGGAUCUAUCAGGUCGACUGGCAAACCCGGAGCAUGCCCAGAACUAUUAUUGCUGCUCCAAUGAGAUCCAGCCGACCCCGUUGUAUAAUUGUCACUGGGUUGGCGAGGGGGAUUGUGACGAUGUCAACUGCGCUGCCAAUGAAGUCACGCUCUGGCGGGAUGCCUUGGGCGAUAAGCCGUCUGCAUGCCCUUGGUCCAAGGAAAAAGCCCUCUGUUGCCAGCCGCAUGCCGAAGCACUGGCAUAUCUCCUGUGUGAUAUUGAUCUAUGCAAGGACAUUCCUGAAUGGUGUGGCGAUGAGGACGGCAUCUGGGACGACGAGGAGGGAAACGAGGACUACCUUCAUAUCGACGUCCUCAAGGGCCGUCCGGGCGAACCCAGGGAGAUGAUCAUACAGAUUGGCAAGCUCUUGGGAAGCAGCAUGGAACAAGCCUUGAAGAUGACCAGCCGGGGCUAUGCGCCUGGAUUUAAGACUUUUCAAGGCGAUGGGUGGAGAACAAUGGCGCGCCUUGGGGGUUACAAAAUGGGCAAAGAUGUCUGUUCUGCCACAAUUGUAUCGUUUGUCAAGAAGGAAGAUAUCCUCGAAACUGGAUGGAAUGCUGAACAUCUGCAAGAGAUCCAAAUGGUCGGCCAAUUGAUAAAGACUGCGGUGACAGGGACGCUUCCGAGCGGGAAAACGAUGCAAUCCAGCAUUCUGGAUGCGGUCAAGCUGAUCAAUGGAUGGAAUAAAGUCUACGAUACUACACUCCCCCGGAUCGGAGCGCUGGUUACCGAUGUGGCAGGCUGGACCCCUCCAGUGACGCCGAACGAUCGGAUCUUUGAAGUUAUUGGGUCUUUUGCGUAUCGCACCGGCAUUUCCUUUGUCGAACGGGAUAUCAAUUCCGCCAAGCUGAAUCUUGUCAAAGGGUAUAAUGUGAUGGCGCUUAGACGAUUCAAGGGUUUUCUGGACGCGGUGAAUUUAGGGAAUGAGACGGCGGCGAAGGUGAUAGCCACGACCCUGCAGAAGACAAUCGGGGUCUUUGAAUACCUCAACGCUGAGGCCAGUCUCGGUGGCUUGACAGAGGCUCGAACGGCUUUCCUGAUGGAAAUCGCCAGGGCCGACAAGUACAUGCCCGAGCUGAAAGGCCUCUUGUCCAUCUGGAAGGAGUUUGAGCCUGACUUCUACGCCACUAUGGUCAGAUUUGCAGCCUCCUGGAUCAACGCCCGGAUCCAGCAGGUGCACGAUAGGUUUCCCGCGGGAGGCAGCAUUGACAACCCGGCCGUCCUCAAGCUGCUCUAUGACGUCAAGCUGAUCUCCAUAGCCACCAAUCGCAUCAAAUUCGAUUCCCAAUUGGACUAUGAUAAUGUGAACGUUUGA